AUGCAAAUGCAUACGGAAAACAAAGUGGUGAUUUUAAAUGUAACCAGUGAAAGAAUAAGAGAAGGAGGCCGCAUUGGAGGUGGGGGAGGGGGGAGGGAGAGGGUCAAGUAAAGGUAGUCCUCUGUUAAACAAACUGCUGCUUUGAAGGAAUGUUAGCUGGUAGGAGAGGGAUUCAAGGAAUCCAGAGUGGUUGAAGUAGACGGUUAAACAAUUGGUCAUACGAAAAGUGAAUUUAAAAAGAUUUCAAAAAGUGUUAAAUCAGUGGCAUAACAUUUGAUCAAUGAGUGAGUAUUGUUAAUCUUAAUGACGUAGGCGAGUAGGUAAAAAGGAACAUACAUUUGUUAGAUAAGGAGAGUGCUAGGACGUGGCUGCAGAUGCUCUAAAAGGCUCCGAGCUAGGCGUAUUGUCACAGAAUCCUGACUCACACAACCACCAACAGUAUUGUCCACUGAACGCAACUUCCAAAUCACCGAGUGUAAGUGUUUAGACCCAAGCAUACAUGGUCCGAUUCGGAGAGGCGUCGAAGAAUGCGUAGAAGGAGGCGCUUACCAUCACGAUGACCAUUUCGACGAAGGGCCACUGUGAAACCACGCAGACCUGCAGCUGAGAGGGCUGUACGACAGUACUCACCACCAUAGAGAGAAGCAAGGCUGGCCAAUGCCCUUGUCGAUAAAGUGACCAAACUAGCAGCCACUUCUUGUUCGUUAUCUGCAUUAGGAUUCGUGCAACCUCUGUCAACGGAGUCAGGUGAUGAGGCUUCAAGAAAGGAGGCAAGAAUACCCGGCAGAUGUUUGGGAGGUCGAGACAACGAAAGAAGCUGAAAGAUUAAAUGCAGUGAAUCCCAUUUGGACCAACAAGAAGACGCCAACAUGUUAUUGCAGUCAACACGUACCUCGAAGGACAUAUCCACCCAUACUAACUAACACAUUGUACACAACAGAAAGAGGAUUUUGUGCCUGUUCAAUGCAAGGUGCGAGGAUGAGAUGAAAAAGACCCGAUUCGUGAGGCCAACGGGAAGUGAGGGUAGAGAGUAGACGAAGAGCAAGAAAGCACUGAACGGAAAAACGUCGAGGGCCACAAUCACAACCAGUAACAAAGUCUAUUAAACAGAGGGGUAGGUUAGAGAUACGACAUAUUUUUACAAGAGGCAAGUGAGAAGAUCCAAUAGUAGAGAGGCCUGACUGGAUGUAGGGAAUAAGUAGGUUGUUGACAAUAUCCACAACAGCAAGUAGAACUUCGGGUGAGGGACCUUGAAAGUUGUUCUUCAGAGUAGAGGUAACUUUGUAGCUUUUUAGGCUCUUAACUCCAGUGGAACUACUCCCAUAGAAGCUGUUUGGACGAUAGGAGGAGACACGCGAAGAGGAUCGGGUGGAAAUAACCGAUGAGGAGGAGGAGGAUGAUACAGGCCGUUUAUUCUCUCCACCCCGAAGGGAGGCUGUGCGAUUUACGCCACUUCCACGUGGUGGAACAGAAAGUUUGGAGUUGAGUCUAUCACUGGAGAGUGGUGAACGGACAAGUCCAGACAGUCGACUCGAGGAGUUCUUCGGCAAAUUUAGACUGAUGUUGGACGAAGUCAAUGAGUCAGUGUCCUCACUUCCACCGCACCAAAUGUUCUUCAUAUCCAAAAUGAUCUAUUCAUUGAUUUCAACACAUUUGAAUGAUCAUUUUAAUAAGAUUAUUUAG